GCUAGAUAGACCAAAGCAAUUUUUCACUGAACAUGACCGAGGAAAAGAGUAAGUCAUUCAACGACCAUCCAUGUAGUCCAACGGGAACCGCCAGCUCGAUGUCGCAGGACGACUCGGAUUCGGACGUCCCGUCCUCUCCAACCGGCUCCGAUGGACAGGCGCCCGGAAACGGGAUAACCCCAAAAAUGGACACCAGCGAGGAGGAUAAACGGUUUCCCGCGUGCAUCCGAGACGCGGUGUCUCAGGUGCUGAACGGAUACGACUGGUCGCUCGUACCGAUGCCUACACGAGGAGACCGGUCUCUGAAAAACAAACCCCAUGUGAAGCGGCCGAUGAACGCGUUCAUGGUGUGGGCGCAGGCGGCGCGCAGGAAACUAGCUGACCAGUACCCGCAUCUCCACAACGCCGAACUCAGCAAGACCUUGGGGAAGCUCUGGCGCCUGCUCUCUGAAAGCGAGAAGAGGCCAUUUAUGGAGGAGGCAGAGAGACUGAGGGUGCAACACAAGAAAGACUACCCUGACUACAAAUACCAACCCCGGAGAAGGAAGAGCACCAAGCCAGGUCAGAGUGACUCUGACUCCGGGGCUGAGCUGGCCCAAUUCCACCCAGGCCAGAUGUACAAGGCUGAACCUGGUCUGGCCAGACUGACCUCCAUGGGGAAUGGGCAUAAUCAUCCAGAGCGGACAGGCCAUCCACACGGUCCCCCCACACCCCCCACCACCCCCAAGACAGAGCUGUAUCUUGGGCUGAAACAUGAGGGCCGACGCCCCCUGGAUGGGGGACGGCAGAACAUCGACUUCAGCAACUUGGACAUCUCUGAGCUGAGCACCGAUGUCAUCAGCAACAUGGAUGCCUUUGACGUCCACGAGUUCGACCAGUACCUGCCGCUCAACGGGCACAGCUCCGCCCCGGCGCCUCCGGACCACAGGCACGGGGGGCACGGAUCCACCCCCCCCUCUGGAUCCCUCAUCUCCUCCUACGGCCACUCCCACAGCAAUGCCUUGCCUUGGGUUCCAAAAGGGGCGGGAGCGGAGGCGGCGCUCCCCUCUUCCUCCUCGUCUUCUAGUAACAGUGAUGGCGUUCACCACAGAACGCAGAUCAAAACGGAGCAGUUGAGUCCCAGCCACUACAGCAGCCAGCACUCCCACAGCUCCUCGCCACCCCACCCCGACUACACCCCCCUCAGCUCUGGAAGCGGCCCCUCUUCUGCAACCUCCUCAUCCUCCUCCUCCCUGCCCAGCCCCCAGUGUGACUAUGCAGACCUCCAGAGCCCCAGCUACUACAGUGCCUACUCUAGCUACCCCGCAGGUCUCUAUCAGUACCCCUACUUCCACUCCUCUCGCCGCCCCUACGGCAAACCGCUCAUCAACAGCGUAGCCAUCCCUCCGCCCCACAGCCCCACCUCAAAUUGGGAGCAGCCGGUCUAUACCACACUCACCAGGCCUUAG